CCGCCCCGGUGCCUGUCCCGCCCCUGUCCCGGCGUGCCCCGGCGGCGGUGAUGGCGGAGGGCAGCGGCGGCGCUGCGAGCGGCCGGGGGCCGCCGUGCCCUGGCGCGGCCGCGGCGUUCCGGCGCUGGGAGCAGCUGCGGCGGCGGGCUGCGACGCCCUGGGCCCGCGGGCUGCUGGCCGUGGCCGCCGGGCUCGGGCUCCUGUACGCGGUGCUGCGGGUGCCGGUGCGGCUCCGGGACGGCCUGGCGGCCGUGACCAUGUUCUUAAGCACUUUGACUCCAAAAUUCUACUUUGCCCUUACAGUAACUUCAUCUUUUAUAUCUGGACUGAUAUUUGUGUUUGAGUGGUGGCACUUCCGAAAGUACGGCACGUCCUUCAUCGAGCAGGUUUCUGUGAGCCAUCUGAGGCCCCUCAUCGGGGGUGCAGAGAGCAGCCCCCCAGCCCCAGCAGCUUUCUCGGCGGGGGAGAGUGAGACCAGCAGGCAGAACAUGCCAGAGUGCAAAGUGUGGCGAAAUCCUCUCAAUCUUUUCAGAGGGGCAGAGUAUAGCAGGUACAUGUGGGUGACUGGGAAGGAGCCUCUUACUUACUAUGACAUGAAUUUGUCUGCUCAAGAUCAUCAGACCUUUUUCACCUGUGACACGGAUGCCCUCCGGCCCUCAGACACAGUUAUGCAGAAAGCCUGGCGAGAGAGGAACCCGCAAGCCCGGAUUAAAGCAGCAUAUCAAGCUCUAGAGUUGAACAAUGAUUGUGCUACUGCAUAUGUCCUCCUGGCUGAGGAAGAAGCAACAACUAUUGUGGAUGCUGAGAAAUAUUUCAAGCAGGCUCUGAAAGCAGGAGAAAUGAUUUACAGAAAAUCUCAGAACUGCCAUUCCCAGAGCCCCCAGCAUGAAGCACAGCUGAGAAGAGACACCAAUGUACUGGUGUAUGUGAAAAGGAGACUAGCUAUGUGUGCCAGGAAACUUGGAAGAAUACGAGAAGCAGUAAAAAUGAUGAGAGAUUUGAUGAAAGAGUUUCCACUUCUCAGUAUGCUGAAUAUCCACGAAAACCUCCUAGAGGCCCUUCUGGAGUUACAGGCAUAUGCAGAUGUCCAGGCAGUUUUAGCCAAGUAUGAUGAUAUCAGUCUUCCCAAAUCAGCAGCAAUAUGUUACACAGCAGCUCUGCUAAAAGCCAGAGCUGUUUCAGAAAGGUGGGUUUUUCCCUUCAGGUUCUCCCCAGAAACUGCCUCCAGGAGAGGACUUAGUACAGCAGAAAUUAAUGCUGUGGAAGCAAUUCACAGAGCUGUGGAAUUUAACCCUCAUGUUCCAAAGUAUUUACUAGAAAUGAAAAGCCUGGUGCUGCCUCCAGAGCACAUUCUGAAGCGAGGGGACAGUGAGGCAGUAGCAUAUGCUUUUUUUCACCUCCAGCACUGGAAGAGGAUAGAAGGGGCUCUAAAUCUGCUGCACUGCACAUGGGAAGGCACAUUUAGGAUGAUCCCAUACCCAUUAGAGAAAGGACAUCUUUUCUAUCCCUACCCGAGCUGCACAGAAACAGCAGACAGAGAACUGUUGCCAACAUUUCAUGAAGUCUCCGUUUACCCCCAGAAGGAGCUUCCCUUUUUCAUCCAUUUCACAGCAGGCCUGUGUUCCUUUUCAGCCAUGCUGGCCCUCCUUACCCACCAGUUCCCUGAGCUGAUGGUCAUUUUUGCAAAAGCUAUGGCAUCUAGAAUAUGGAUCCCGUCUGGAAGCACAGACUGCUCUUGGUGGAUGGGCUGUUCUGUUGGGGUGCUGCGGGUGCUGUGGCCCGUGAGUGCUCCCAGCGUUCUGGCCUCCGGCUGAAUGGACUGCACCAGGUGCUUUGGGACUCUUCUUUCACCCUUCAUCUUCACUAUGGAGCACAUUGAGGACCUGCUGCUGUCCAGCCCCUGGCAUCAGCUGGCUAGUGUGACUGGCGUGUAUUUUCCAUGAUAGUUUGAUUUUGUUCUUACGAGCCUCACUUGGGGGUUGGCUGACCCCCAGUUGUGGGAGCCAAGGAAGAAAUCCGGGUCUUCAAAUUGAUAUCCUUGACCAUCUUCCAUGCUGAUGGUGCUUAGCAUGUGAAUUUUCUUCCUUGGCCUUAACCUGUAAUCAUCUAAGAAAAUAGUUCUUGUUGAGCAAUAGUUUAUUGCUCUCUAAAUCACUUGGACAACUGGAAGCUCAUACUUCCUCUGUAAGAAAGGAGAAUACACAAACUGAGCAGGUGUUUGGAGUACUGAUGCUUCCUUCUCAGCUGCAGAUGCGCCAGAUACUUGGCUUAGAUUUAAUUUCAUAAGCCUUUUUCAAAAUAUUUGUUAACAGCAAAGUAUGGUUCUGCUUUCUUUAUUAAAAGGUUGCUACUUAACACAUUGAAUUUGUUGACUUCUUAAGUGUCCGUUAAAUAUAGAUUACAGUGUGCAAACAAAGAUUUGUUUCUUCUCUAUCUUACGAGCUUGCAUUACUCAAGGAGAUGGUGAACUCCUUUAUUUCAUGUUACUUCUUUAGAUUUAAUUGUGCAUCUUUUAUUCUUUAAGACAAGGCAUUUUGAAAGACAGGAUGGCUUCUGAAACUGCCCAAAGUGUUGUGUUAUCUGCAGGGGACUCUGUUGGGAGACCUGAACCUUCAAGUGUUAGUCCAAAGUAGUUUCACUGUUGUUACGAAGACUUGAAGAGAAUGGAGAUGUGGAAAAUCCUUCAAAGGAUUUGCUUCCCAUGCAGACGAGUCCCGAGGGUUUGUUUACUGCAGAGGGGAAAAGAUGUGGCAGCCACGUGGUUUGAGGUAAUUGGUGUGACUUCCAUCUCCACUCUCCCCUUAGAGCAAAAGUCUUUUUCCCACACAGGUCUGCUGCUUGGCAUCAGGGAAGCAGUCAUGCCAGCCCAGGCUUCUUAGAAGGGCAAGUGAUAAAAAUAGCACAGACUUGUGGAUAAAUGCUAAUUCUGAGCACAUGAAAACCCAUCAUCUUGCUUUUUGCAGAUAAGCACAUACACUUAGCAGUAAGAACUGGGGGGAUUUUACACGUUUGAUCUCCACUAUCUUUGUGAAUGUUUGUGACAUUGAUGGCUUCUUCCAGAGGUGGUGUAUAUUAAUCCAGUUUCUGAAUCCUGGAUGGAAGAAGCUUGCUGUAGCCUACUGUAUUCUCUGAAACAAUCUCUUCAUCAGUCAAUUACAAAUCAUUUGAAUUGAUUUAAAAUACCUCCUUACACUGAAGAUCAAGAAUUAAUUAUUUUUCUUUUUCCUUAUUUUCAAAUCCUUCUUUACCUUGUAAACCAAGUUCUGUGAAGCAGAAAGUCACCUCUGUAUCUCAUGUAAGUGUAGUUUAUUUGUAACUUUGAAGGGAAACAUACUUGCUUAGGUGGAAAUGUCAUUGUUUGCUCUCCAGAAACAAUGGCAUAUUUCUGUUGACUGGACUUAAAUCCAGGUUAAUAUUUGAAUUAAUCAAGGAAUCAAAAGGGAAGCCCUACAGAAAGAUACUACCAGUGUUUUCAGAGUUACCUAACUACUAGAAUGUAAUUUUCUCAACUUUCUUUCCAGUUGGUCACUGGGGCUGUUUCUCACCUUGGAAUCACUGUGGUGAUUAAUAGGCCUGUUGUGUUCAUGUGAUUUCACUUUGUGGUCUGCAGGGGCCCAUAAGGUAACCAGCCUAAUGCUUUUUAAAGUUGAACCUUUUCCAGCAGUUGUGUGGGGUUAUAAAUGAAGCUCUGCCUCCCAUGUAUCAUCCCAAGAGCUGCUUUCUCUCACUGUCCUCCCUUGACAUAACAGUAACAGAAAGGGGAUGGGCUUGUUCUGCGAGGAGAGCUGGCAGCAGGCUGUGUAAUGAAAAUCUUCCUGUCUCCAGAAGUGCCAGCAAUUCUUGAGGAAGGAGUGCUCUCUAUAAUGUUCCAUGUUUUUGGGAAGUGUUCCUUUGCCACUUAGGAGCAGACACUUACACCUGACCCAUACCUUAGGAAUAUCAAUUACGUUGUAUGUGUGUGUAUAUACACAUCUACAUUUCUAUGUAUAUAUACAUUAAAAAUUGCAAUUAUGACUCCGGACAAGAUGAAUAUUGAUGUAACUUCUUUGAAACAAGAACUGUGGUGACUUUACAGCCAUUGGGAUGACAAUAGCUUUUCCACAAGGCUUUAUGUGGCAGAGGUGAGGCAGUUCAGACUAAUAAAUAUUUCAGGGUAACAAGGUCUGUUCAUUGCAACCCUAGUUCAUGUGGGCUAUAAAUCACAUCAGAAUUCUGGGGAGUAAUCUCUGACAGAUAUUUACCAUGCUGGGAGCCCUUCAUUUUUGAAAUUUGGAAUAGAUGCCUGUUAGCAGCUUUUAUGCAUAUAUGUAUGUGGCAAAAGGACUUUUCAUGCCGUCAGGCACCUGGGUCACUGAGGUUAUGGAGACAAAUUCACAUGGAGAUGGCCCUGGGGUGCUUCUCCAUCCAGAUUUGUCGCAGGCCAGUUCCCUUCCUGCAUCUCUCCAGCACUGGCUAGGCAAGUUUAUUCCCUGCUCCUCAUCCUGGAAUUGUUGUGAGGGUGCCAAGCCUCAUAGAUCCAUGACUCUGAGCAAGGCAGGGUGUAAAGGUCAUAGUUGAGACCAUUAAUAACAAGGUGCAAACGGCUGGUUUAUAUGUAAUGUGAAGCUUUUUACUUAUUUCAUUUUUGCACUUUGGGGGCUCUGUUUGCUUAUGGAGCACUUGGUGUCUGGUACCUAUUUAGCCUGAGAGCAGGCAAUUGGGUUCCUUCAGGCCUUCAGAGGAAUGCAGAAAAUUGUUCUCUGGUGUUGUAAUUCUGCUGGGAUAACUGGAGCUUAUUUGUCUCACUGCUUAUUAAAUGCAUACUUGUCUAGA